AUGCUCUUCAUUAUCAUUCGAAUAGUUCUUUUUUCGGUGGAUCUUUCUGCAGGUGGUUAUCUUGCGGAUGUUAUUCCUGCAAAACAAAAAAGUCUUCCUUCGGGUGGAUUUUCCUGCAGGUGUUCUUGCAAAACAAAAAAAUUAGGUGGUUCUUCCUUUGGUGGAUCUUCCUACGGGUGUUUUCCUGCGGGUGUUCUUUCUGCAAAACAAGAAAAGUGG